UAUAUAAACCCUUCUCCCUGGAAUCUCUCGGUUGCCUCUCCACUCCUCCCUCUGAUCGGAGCUAUUGGCGAAGGUAGUGGGAUUCUCGAGGCGAACUCGCUCAUCUUCAGAUCUUGCGUUGUGGCAAUGGAGGGGACUACGGUGUUCACGCCAUCACUGGAAGGCAUGAAGCACGUCAAGUCUGAGGGUGGGGAGAUGCUCACCAAGCCCUUCCUCGAUGUGUGCAAGCUUGUGCUGCCGGUCAUAGAAAAGUUUGGAGCUGCAAUGACACUCGUAAAGUCUGAUAUAGGGGGUAAUAUUUCGAGAUUGGAAGCCAAAUAUAAUUCUGAUCCAUCAAAGUUUGAGCUCCUCUACAGCAUGGUCCAUGUAGAGGUUGAAUCCAAAACGGCAAAAGCUUCUUCAAGCUGUACCAAUGGGCUUCUGUGGCUGACAAGGGCCAUGGACUUCCUGGUGGAACUAUUCCGCAACUUGGUUGAACAUCAUGAUUGGACAAUGUCACAAGCUUGUACAGAUUCCUAUGCCAAAACUCUGAAGAAAUGGCAUGGUUGGCUGGCUAGUUCUAGUUUCACGUUAGCCAUGAAACUUGCUCCGGACAGGAACAAAUUCAUGGAAGUGAUAGGAGGAUCAGGUGAUCUAAAUGCCGAUAUGAUGAAAUUUUGCUCAACUUUCUCUCCUUUUCUUGAAGAGAAUCACAAAUUUCUGGCUAGUGUUGGUCUUGAUGAUCUCAAAGCAUCUUGAUUUUUCUUAAUUUAUCUUUAUGAAAAAUAAUUCCCAUCCGCUCAUCUCGAGUGUUAUAUUUAUACUUCCAAAGGUGAACUUAUGAGUUCAUAUUUAUGAAGUUCCAAACCUGUUCUAAAAUCUCUUAUUUCCUUGUGUUUCUUUAGAAUGAACCCUAAUUGCUUGCAGU